AUGGUUCUCGUCGUGGAAGUGGAAGAUCGUACGAUAAAAAAACCUUAUUUGGGCGGAUGGCGGCACAAGAUUACCGGCGUUCAGUAUUUAAAUGCAAAUUCUCAAACUGGGCCUCGGCAGAAACGAGUACCAUGGAACUCUCAAUGCGUGAGACCUAUUCAAACGGUGGAAACAAAGACCCGGUUUACCGAAACGCCUGUCCACAGGGCAACUCAAAUGUCGCGGAAAGAUUGUUACAUUCCAAAUGUCACGGACAAAUACGUUGCACCCAAGCCUUAUGAAUCUUAUAAUGAAAUGCAAUCGAGGUUAGACAUCGAAGGCAAGGCUAGGAUGAUACAAAAAUAUUACAGGGCAUACCGAAUUGCCAGAUUUAUAAAAGAGUCUGCUGCCACUUACCGACAAUUCGUGACAGACUGCAAACGGCACGAGGAAGAAAGGCUGUUGGCAUACAAGAGGAGGCAUCAGCACGACAUUAUAAGAAAGACAUAUCCGUCGACGAGAUCCGAUUUUGACAUGUUGUACAACUUGAUGGAUCAGUGGAAACAUUCCCAGAUGAAGCGGGUUGCAGACAACUUUUUUAAAGGCGCUCAAAGAGCGAUGAAUGUGAUAUUGUUGAACAAAUCGGUGGAUAUGUUAAGGGAGAUCGACCAACUAAAGCAAAAGGUUAAAAUCGAGUUUCUGGAACAGAAUAAAAUGAGGUUCUUAACAUUUCAUUGUGCACCAAUCGAAUGGAACGGAUACAAAGGCAAACCCACGCAGAUGAUCACUGUCAAAGUACAACGUGCUAGCGAAUUCAAACGGCUGUAUGACAAUUUAAGCAGUAAAAAUUCGACUGUCGAAUCACGUACAGAGCUGUUAGUGAUGCUGAAAAAUUCACUCAAGUAUCAUCAUUGUCAAGCGGUUAAUGAAUUGGUCUAUUUAAUCGAUCAGGAAAUCACGUUGAUGAGUCGUGGAGUCAGAAACAAAUGGCUAAACCAGUUGAGGAGAAGAAUUAAAACUUGUGAGAGAUUGGUCGAGGGAAAACAGGCUCGUAUAAAUUUCUCCCUGUAUACGUAUCUGUUGAACGGUAUACGAGAAGAUGAAAUGAAAAGGAAUUGCUUUUCGAGCCUAAUCUUCAUCUUGCGAGAGCCUGGAAUAUAUCAUUUGAUUAACAACAUUUGGCACGGUAGAUCGGUAAUCAGUGAGAACGACGAUCUUUUUAAAUUGCGACUUGGUAGAUUUGACAUAAAUAUCGAAUGGUCGCCAUGGAACUGCAUUUUACUAACCGAGGAGGAAACCGAAGCUCAUUACUACAUCGAAGAUUUCCGGACUGUUUACGCUCAGAGUUUACUUGACAAAAUAUUUUUAGCUCAAGAGCAAGCCAAAAGUCAUUUCAGGUUUAGUAACCACUUUUCUCGGCGCUUGAUGAUUUCUUAA